CAAAUAGUCGGAAAUGAGCAAACAGACGUUCGUGUAUGCUUCCAACAUGCCAUUUGUAAUUUGAAAGUAACAAUGUUUCAACUGGAUGUUUCAGUCAAAUAUUUUUAUUCAAUUUAAGACAAAAGUAAAGCAGAAAUGAAACCUUUUAAAGCUUAACGCUCGGCUGUUUCAUAUGCUAGCUAGGCAAGCUACUUGCUAUGUUAGCAUGCCAGAGAAAGUAGCACGAGCAAUUCUUUGAACUUCCCAUUUAAAAGCUUCGCGCCCAAAUCCUCCUGUAGCCAGCUGAAAAGCCAAAGGGGAAAAAACAGCAUGCAGGAGGCAAGUGAGAAGAAAGCAGGAGCAGACACCACACUUUUUGGUCAAACAUGUGCUUCCAUCUGGUGAUGCUGCUUCUCUGUUUCUCCCAAAUAGAAAUGACUAAUGUUUGGGUUCAGCAGCAGACAGAUGAGUGGUAUGGAGGGACUUCACAAGAGCAGGGAGAUGACAGACCCCAGAGAUCAUCCUUGGACCACACGAGGAAAAGCAGGGCAGUUCUGGGUGGAGAAGUAACCAUCAACACUCUGCCUAACAACAUGACACGAAUUGCGGAUUCUGCCAAGUAUUACACGUGGAGAUACUUCGGCACCAAGGACAAGCGCACACAUGACCUCUGGGUGGACAUGAGCGAUCCACGACACGGCCAAGUUAGAGUCCAUGGCCUUCUGUCAAAUUCAUACAAGCAAGCUGCGAGGGUCGCCUUGUCGUUCGCCUUUCCUUUUUAUGGACAUUACCUGAGGCAGAUCACCAUAGCAACAGGAGGAUUCAUCUUCACAGCGGAUAUUACUCACCGUAUGCUGACCACCACACAGUACAUCGCUCCUCUGAUGGCCAAUUUUGACCCCAACUAUUCUAAGGAAUCAACUGUGCAAUAUCUGGAUAAUGGAGAUGUGUUUGUGGUCCAGUGGGAGAACGUCAGGCUUUCAGGCAGAGAGUCAGAAGGCGCUUUCACGUUUCAAGCAGCACUUUAUAGAACUGGAACGAUCACUUUCAGCUACCAAGAAAUACCCGUGUCAUUAGACGUAAUGGGAUCCUCUGAGCAUCCGAUAAAGGUCGGUUUGUCUGAUGCAUUCAUGGUCACACCAGCAUCUCCUCAGUCACCAGCUCAGCAGAUGAUCUACGAAUAUCAUCGGGCGGAAAUAGACAUAGCAAAGAUAACCAGUUACUCUGCUGUCGAGUUUACACCACUACCUACCUGUCUUCAACAUAACAGCUGUGAGCUCUGCCUCUCAUCCAAACUAAGCUUAGGCUGCAGUUGGUGUCAUGUUCUCCAGAGGUGCUCCGAUGGGAUGGAUCGACACAGACAAGAAUGGUUGGAUUAUUCCUGUUUGGAAGAGAGCAAAAAUGCAACCUGUGAUGACUACAGUGAUGACAGCUACACCGGUUCAUCCUACACUCCAGAGACUGAGGGCAUGACGCUGCUGCCUCCUCCAGAAGGCUGUCAAAACGAGGAGGUGAAAACCAACCCAUCAACCAAGAGUAAAGGACGGGCAAACGCUGGGGUGAUAGCUGGGGUGGCAGCUGCUCUGGUGCUUCUUCUGGCUCUCAUACUUGUUGCUCUCUACAUCAGCUGCCAUCCCACUGUGUCAUCACCACUGUACCUCACCCAGAGACGCAAGAGCUACUGGCCCUCCUUAAGGUUUCAGAAGAAGCGACCUGGAUACACAGAAGUGGAGAGAGAAGGUCAAGAAAAAUACUGCAUUGUUGAGGCUUGACCAUUCUUGGAUUUUUGAUCAGUCGAGCUUGUUUGUGACCUAAGUGAUUACCUAUGUUUAAAGAUUAAUUUGAAUUUAACUAUUUGAGAAGGUUUGUGUAAAAAAUUCUGUAUCUGAAUUUGAAUGUGUAAGUUUGAAAUCUCUGCCUACAAUCCCGAAGACACACAUGAAGAUCUAGUCCAGAGGUCUGCAGCCUGAGGCCCCAGAGCCACAUGUGCCUCUUUUUGAACUCUAAAGUGGUUCCCUGGCCAAAGAAUAUUAAAAUAUUUGUCAUUUUUUAGAA